UUCAGUCUUAGAAAUUAAAAAUGGAAUAAUUAUAUUAUUUCAAAUGCAAUGGAUUUAGAAGGAGAAGAGUGUGGAUGCAGUCCAGUCCAGAUGCAGCCAGACUACUUGAAUGGUCAAGGUCAAGACAACUCAAGGUCAAUGCCUUAUUCACAACAUCGAGGACCAGACAUGGACAACUGUGAUUGGCCAAUCCAUGAACCAGAUCAACAUCAAGACACCAUUGAAGAGGGAGAAGAGUGUGGAAGCCACAGUGGAUCCAGUCCAAUCCAGAUGCAGCCAGACUACUUGGAUGGUCAAGGUCAAGACAACUCAAGGUCAAUGCUCCAUUCACAACAUCAAGGACCAGACAUGGACAACUGUGAUUGGCCAAUCCAUGCACCAGAUCAACAUCAAGACACCAUUGAAGAUAAGCAUCACAUCCAAAUCAAUGUGGACAAUCAAAGUGUAUACUUGGCUCACAACUACACAAAACAUCCUAUUGAAAUGAUUUGGAUCAAACCAGAGGAACUAAUUGAAGAAGAUGAUGAAGAAGAAGAACAGCAACAAUGUGGAGUAGAAAUUGGAGUGAGAAGUGAAGAAAUAAAGCAAGAUAGUGAUACCUGUCUGCAGAUUGAAAGCAUCUAUUCUCUCUGCUCAGAUAGACUGAAUUCUGACCCCUCUGCUCUUGAACAUAUAAAAGUUGAAACUGAAGAAGUUAAGGAGGAACACAUAUCUUUCAAAACAGACCAUUCAGAUAAAUUGAUGCAAAUUGAAGAUAUUUCAUCUGAGAAUUAUGAAAGUGGAAGUGUAUCAUCUGGACUGUGUAUACCAUACUUUGAGGAACGAGAAGGUUCAAGCUCCCAUAGGUCUGUUGAUGCAACACCUGGAAACACUAUAAUGGAAGAUCCUGAAAAAAUUGGCAAUGAGGUGGACUUACUAAUUGAAAAUGCAAGGAAGAAUGUAAUUGAUGCAGCAAGUGAUAGUGAAUUAACAAAGUAUCAGUCGUGUGAUGAAGCAUUCAGCAGCACUAGAGAAUUGAAUCUUCAUUGUAGAAUACACACAGCUGGAAAACAUGCUUGCAAAUUCUGUAACUACAAAACAAAAUGGAAAUCACAACUGAUCACUCAUCUAAGGACACACACAGGAGAAAGACCCUUCAGCUGUGAUUUGUGUGACUACAAAGCAAUACAGAAAACACAUCUUAUCGAACAUUUAAAAUCACACACAGGAGAAAGACCCUUCAGCUGUGAUUUGUGUAACUACAAAUCAAUACACAAAUCUAAUCUUAUUAGACAUUUAAAGUCACACACAGGAGAAAGACCCUUCAGCUGUGAUUUGUGUAACUACAAAUCAAUACACAAAUCUAAUCUUAUUAGACAUUUAAAGUCACACACAGGAGAAAGACCCUUCAGCUGUGAAUAUUGUGACUACAAAGCAACACAGAAAUCAGAUCUCAUCAGACAUUUUAAGUCACACACAGGAGAAAGACCCUUCAGCUGUAAUUUGUGUGACUACAAAGCAACACAGAAAUCAGAUCUCAUCACUCAUCUAAUGACACACACAGGAGAAAGACCCUUCAGCUGUGAAUAUUGUGACUACAAAGCAACAGGGAAAUCAAGUCUCAUCACUCAUCUAAGGACACACACAGGAGAAAGACCCUUCAGCUGUGAUCUGUGUGACUACAAAGCAACACGAAAAUCAACUCUCAUCCGUCAUCUAAUGACACACACAGGAGAAAGACCCUUUAGCUGUAAUUUGUGUGACUACAAAACAACACGUAAAUCAACUCUUAUCAGACAUUCAAAGUCACAUACCUGAGAAAAAUGCCUCUUGCGGUAAUUUCUGUGAAUAUGAAUCAAUAUAACAUAACAUAUACAUAAUUAUUAUAUUAUUCAUACAAAAGUUGCUAAUACUAAACUUAGUCCUUAUUAUGAUAUUCCACUAUAAUAAGAUGUGUGGGUGUGAUCAUUAUAGUCUUUUUCUAAAACAUGUAUAAAAAAUUUAUUUAGUAAUAAUAGUUAUAAAGGUUAGUUAUUAUAAUCAUAUAUUAUCCUUAUAAUGAUAUCCCACUAUAAUAAUAAGUUGCCGGGGUGAUCAUAAUAUUCUUUUCUAAAACAUGUAUAAAAAUUUAUUCAAUAAUUUCAGUUAUAAAGGUUGGUUAUUAGUUAGUUU